CUGGGAGCGCGAUGGUCAGCCGCCGCGGCGCGGCAAGAUGCUGGAUGGGCCCCUGCUGGCGCGCUGGCUGGCCGCGGCCUUCGCGCUGACGCUGCUGCUCGCCGCGCUGCGCCCCUCGGCCGCCUACUUCGGGCUGACGGGCAGCGAGCCCUUGACCAUCCUCCCGCUGACCCUGGAGCCGGAAGCAGCCGCGCAGGCGCACUAUAAGGCGUGCGACCGACUGAAGCUGGAGCGCAAGCAGCGGCGCAUGUGCCGCCGGGACCCGGGCGUGGCCGAGACGCUGGUGGAGGCGGUCAGCAUGAGCGCCCUCGAGUGCCAGUACCAGUUCCGCUUUGAGCGCUGGAACUGCACCCUGGAGGGCCGCUACCGGGCCAGCCUGCUCAAGCGCGGCUUCAAGGAGACUGCCUUCCUCUAUGCCAUCUCCUCCGCGGGCCUGACCCAUGCGCUGGCCAAGGCGUGCAGUGCAGGCCGCAUGGAGCGCUGCACUUGUGAUGAGGCCCCUGACCUGGAGAACCGGGAGGCCUGGCAGUGGGGUGGCUGCGGGGACAACCUCAAGUACAGCAGCAAGUUCGUCAAGGAGUUCCUGGGCCGGCGGUCGAGCAAGGAUCUGCGAGCCCGUGUGGACUUCCACAACAACCUCGUGGGUGUGAAGGUGAUCAAGGCCGGGGUGGAGACCACGUGCAAGUGCCAUGGCGUGUCAGGCUCGUGCACUGUGAGGACGUGCUGGCGGCAGCUGGCGCCUUUCCACGAGGUGGGCAAGCGCCUGAAGCACAAGUACGAGACGGCGCUCAAGGUGGGCAGCACCACCAACGAGGCCACCGGCGAGGCUGGCGCCAUCUCACCACCAAGGGGCCGGGCCUCAGGGACGGGUGGCGGCGACCCGCUACCCCGCACCCCGGAGCUAGUGCACCUGGACGACUCACCCAGCUUCUGCCUGGCUGGCCGCUUCUCCCCGGGCACUGCUGGCCGCAGGUGCCACCGCGAGAAGAACUGUGAGAGCAUCUGCUGCGGGCGCGGCCACAACACACAGAGCCGAGUGGUGACCCGGCCCUGCCAGUGCCAGGUGCGCUGGUGCUGCUACGUGGAGUGCAGGCAGUGCACCCAGCGCGAGGAGGUCUACACCUGCAAGGGCUGAGCCCCGGGGCCUGGCCAGGCUGCGGCAGGGGUGCAGGCAGUGCACCCAGCGCGAGGAGGUCUACACCUGCAGGGGCUGAGCCCCCGGGCCUGGCCAGGCUGCGGCAGGGGUGCAGGCAGUGUGUGCAAUGUGAGGGGCGUCCACCCGCAGGGGCUGAGCCCCCGGGCCUGGCCAGGCUGUUGUUAGGGUGCAGCAGUGUGUGUGCAGUGUGAGGGGCAUCCACCUGCAGGGGUUGAGCCCCUGGCCUGGAUGCCCCCAGCACAUCUGGGUUUAAGGCAGGGCAGAGGCCUAGGGGCUGGCUGGGUUGGCCAUCUCUGACCCUCUGUCUCCUCAUCUCAAAGGCCCAGUCUGACCUUCGCAUCCUUUCUGCUUGUCCCUCCCUGUGACCUGAGAGCUUUGCACAGAUGCUUUCCAAGCUGUGUCCCCCUAAGUCACCAGUUCCCGCAGUGCGGUACCCCUCCCGUCCUGGGUGCCCUCUGAGGAGCAGCGGGCACGCCUUUGUGACCAUGUGGCCUCUGCGUGGGCUGCCUGAGGGCUGUCCCGCACCAGCACUGGCUUAGAGAGCAAACCACUAGGAGAGAAAGCAGGUGCCCAGCCGCCCGGGUGCGGGAGGUAUACUGCUGGCCCCUUCUGACACCGAGUACUUCUCUUUGGAGUGAUAUCAGUGACUUUUAAGUUAUUUUUAUUUAACUAAUAUAUAAUUAUUAUUUUCUCCGUCCCUGCAGCCUCUCAGGCCAUGGCUCCUGUUCCUCUCGGCAGAGCCUGGUCUUGGGGGACCCCUUUCUCCCUCCCCUCCACGCCCCCUCCGAACCUGUUUGCCUGAUCUGCUUUGUCGUUUGAAACCACUAAAUCAAGAGAGACAUGGUCGUUGUUGUUUAUAAAGAAGUGAAGCAAGCUGUGUCUGGCCACCACCCUUAGGGUUUCUGGCAUCCAGGUCCCAUGGUUCGUGUCAGCUACCCGCAGUGAGGCUGGCCUGGGAAGUGGGCGGGCCCUGCUCCGCACCCUGUGGGCACAUGGCGCCGCACUUCAGACUGCUCAGCGCAGAUCCUGGGGGUGGCAGAAGGUGACCUGUUCUCCCACAGGAGUGAGCAGAGGCAGGAGGGGCAGGGCCAGCCCCUUGGAGGGUUCAUGUCAUGAAGAAUGCACAGCUUGCUCUCUGUCACUGUGAGGGAGCUGGGGUGGGGACAGACAUGAGCCGAGAGAGUCUGGGGAAUAUGAUUUGGCAGAUGGAAGGCUGUUCUCCUAGGCCAUGCUGGGUUUUUGUUGCAGGGGAGGGAAAAGGAUGGCCAGCACUGACCUGAUUUGGUUUGAGUGUGUGUGCACACACGUGUGCAUGUGUGUGACUGCAUGCAUGAGUAUGUGGCGUGUAUGUGCAUGAGCAUGUUUGUGUGAAUGCAUAAGCGUGCAUGCAUGAGUGCACGUGGGUGAGUAUGUGAUGUGUGUGUGUGCAUGGGUGUGUAUGCAUGCUUGUGUAUGAGCACGUGUAGGUGUCUGCAUCUGUGAUGUGUAUGCAUGCAUGAGAAUGCGUGAGCAUACCUGUGUGUGGGUGUGCAUGCACGUGCGUCAAUGCACGCAUGUGUGCAACCACGUUCAUGCGUGUGCAUGUGAGCAUCUGUGAUGUGUGCAUGCAUGCAUGUUCGUGAGCACAUGUGUGCACGUGUGUGAUGUGGGGGCUUAUGCGUACCAUGUUGGCAUGGUCAGUGGUUGGCUGGGGUGUGGCUCCUGCCCUGUGCCCUUCCUAGGCGUGGGGCUCUUCUUCCCCUGUUGGCAGGGCCCUCAGCCCUAGGCCCGUCCUGCUCAGCUCCAUGGCUGUGCUCUGAGGGGAUGUGGACCGGGGUCUGGGAAGGCCCAGAGCUGGGUGGCAGCGUGGAGGAGGGAACUACUGAGUGAGGGGGUUCCUCAGAGUCCAGGGAGGCCUCGGGGACCUUAGGGACUGUUUUGCAAAGAAAACCUAUUUAUGUGGAUGUGGGUCUCUUUGUCCCUGUUUUAUAGUGUAAAUAGUAAAGUUUAUUCUCCUGUGGUUCAGAGAACAGCCCCUGAGCGCCUGCAUGCUGCCAGAGCGGUGCAGCCGAGGCAUGUCCCUUGGGAGGUGGCCAGGGCGGGCUCCCUUCACGCUUGGCUGGGGAGGGUGGCGACGGGCUAGGGUGCAUCUCAGUUGUUCCAAGCACCCCCACUCGCUGGGGCCCCGGAGCACGCGGAGCUGGCCAUUCUUCCAUGACAAGACUGCAGCUCGGUCACUACUGGGUCUGGAAAGGCGGCAAGUCAAAGGAAGGGUUCUUUUUUUUUUUUUAAAUCAAAUACCACAUUUAACUCUAUGUCAUAAAUAUUAAGAAAAGUAUUUUUUUUUAACAAGGCAGAUUGAAAACGUCUGCUGGCUGAUUUGUUUAUACGUAAAUAUAUAUCAGAAUGUCUUGCUAAGCGAAGAAGCAACUCCCGCUGAUGGAGCCUCUUUUUAACAUGCUUCUCUUCUGUUCAGCAGAGGAUGUCUAAGAGAACACACGUUCUGUGGUGGGGUUCAGACCCCCCCACCCCCCCAACCCCAGCGCGGGGGCCGCAGGGCAGAGCCACGCUGAGGGCCAGGCCGGUCCCGGCCACCUGCUCUCUGCCCAGCGUGCACAGACGUGACUCAGAGCUUGGUUGGCCAGGUCCCGGCGGGCGGGAGGAGAGGGGCAUUCACACACGGGGACUCUGGACUUAACAUUCAGAGCCUCGUGUGAGCCUAUAAAUUUCUCUACCUCAUCUGUAUAGCGAGUAGAUGUGUACUCGAGUGACUUGGAGAAUGUAUUUAUUUAACGGCCUUGUGUAACAGAACAGAAACAAAUGGAAACACUAAAUAAAUGUAUUUUUAAAUUAUA